AGCAUAUAUAAAGAAAGUUCAAAGGUAAUAUAAAAAUAAUAACAGAAAAAAGCUUCCUACCAUCGUUUUACCUGUAAAAAUAAAUGCUAUGCAACAACUUGAAGACAUCAAGGAAACUGAUGUCCUUUUAAGAGCAGCACUUCUGUUGAGAAACAAAUCAUCAGUAUACAGCCUAACACGUUACCCAAUAACUUAUCCGCAACAUACAUUGUCGCUGGUGAAUGCGACGUUCCAGAUGUAUUAUUAACGUUUUACACUAAAGUUCUAUCUGCAUUUAAUUACAGAAAGAGAAAAAAUGUCUAGACUGCCAGAAACCGAAGCAGCCUAUCCUGUAUCAAAAACUAAAAAGAUUUGUCCUGACAUAAAGAUGAAACUUGGGCGUCGUACUGUAGUUUGCUUCGAUAACUUGGAUAGAUUCAUGGAGAGUACUUCUAUCAUUGUUACAAUGAACGAUACAGUUGGGAUUGCGAUACAAGAUGUCUUACAUGCUUCUGAUGAAAAUGAUGAUGAAUACAUUCGUUCUCCCACACGAAACAACAUUGACAGUGACCGCGAUAACGACGAAAUAGAUGGAUGUAUGAAUAACAAAAGAAAAAAGGGAUUUAAAGGUUUUAUUCGAGACAUAUCAUCGUAUUUUAAAAACCCGAAACUUAUUAAAACUUUGAAAUCUUUUGAUCACAGUUCACGUCAAAUCGUACCCCCUAAUUAAAAAAAUUUUCAAAAGUUUGAUGCGGCCUGAAUGAUGUCUCACUUUAUUUGUGAACGCAUACC